GUCCGGGGCUCCACAGCACCAGGGCUCUGGAAGGAGAUUUAGAUCGCGGGUAGACAGGCUGAGCUCCUUGCCCGGCCAGACUCCGAGGACAGACGGGGGGCCUGGGAGGCCAGGCGGAUCUGGGGUCCUAAGCCCAGAGCAUGUUCCAGAUCCCAGAGUUUGAGCAGAGUGAGCAGGAAGACUCCAGCCCUGCAGAUAGGGGCCUGGGCCCCAGCCCCACAGGGGACCGGCCUCCAGGCUCCAGCAAUCACCGGUGUAGGGCCCCAGGCCUCCCGGGGGAAGCUGGUCGUCAGCAGGGCCAGCCAGCCAGCAGAAGCCACCAUGGAGGCGCUGGAUCUGUGGAGCCCCGGAGUCGCCACAGCUCGUACCCCGAGGGGACCGAGGAGAAUGACGAUACCGAGGAGGAGGAGCCCAGCCGCUUCCGCGGCCGCUCGCGUUCGGCACCUCCCAACCUCUGGGCUGCACAGCGCUAUGGCCGCGAGCUCCGGAGGAUGAGCGAUGAGUUUGAGGGUUCCUUCAAGGGACUUCCUCGCCCGAAGAGCGCAGGCACAGCGAUGCAGAUGCGGCCAAACUCCAGCUGGACGCGCAUCUUCCAGUCCUGGUGGGAUCCGAACUUGUGGAGAGGAGGCCCCGCCCCCUCCCAAUGACAGUCCUUCCCACAUUCUGAGGCUCCCCCUGCGCGCGCCGCCACCGGCAGCCAUCUUGCGUGUGGGCGGAAGUGGCUUCCGUAGGCCUAGCCUAUGCAAAAAGAGGAUCAGGUCUCUCCCUUUCGGAAGGCGUUGACCCAGGACCUGAUUCCCUUCCGGAGUUUGCGGGGAGUCUUCGAGGAUUCGGUCCCAUCGGAAGUUUGGAAGUUUUUCCGCCCUCAGCUGCUGGAAAUGGGUUGCCUCAGGCGCCUGCGCCGUUGCUAUUCGGGAUAACUAUCUUCACCAGAACCCUUUGCUCCGCGGUGACAACUGCGAGCCGACGCUCUCCACGAACUAUGCUAAUAAAGUCCACAUCUCUGCCGCCGA